UCUGUGCUCAGAUGACUGCUGCAGCUUACCAUGUACCGCAGUUGAAAAUGCAAAAUGCUUCCAAGGGCAGCUUGGGGCUUCCAGUGCUGAGCUAGCCUUAUAUUAAAAGGUAACUACAAGGGUGUGAUCAAAAGAGCAGACAGAGUGGGAGGGAAAGAUCCCAGGCUUUCUAACCAGUGAAUUGUAGACUGGCUUCACACAGACAGACCCCUGGAAAAUACACUGCACAACCCACGCUGGGCAUACCGAAGCUUCCAUCUCUUCUGUUGGAACUUGUCAAGACAACACUGCCUGCAGCAGCAUGUUGCAGACAGUCAGUGAGUGGCUGUGGUGGGAGCGUCUGUGGCUGCCAGCAAAUGUCUCCUGGUCCGAUCUGGAGGACAGUGAAGGUCGUGUCUAUGCUAAAGCCUCUCAACUUUACGCUGCUCUGCCUUGCGCCCUCUGCCUACUCUUUGUCAGAUACUUGUUUGAGAGAUACUUGGCCACACCGCUGGCUGAUGUUUGGGGAGUCAGGGACAGGGUGCGUUGCGCAGCAGAACCAAAUCCUGUCCUAGAAAACUACUUCUGCAGACAAGCACGGCUUCCAUCGCAGGCUGAUGUGACGUCUCUGUGUAAGAAGACCAGUUGGCCAGAAAGGAAAGUUCAAGUCUGGUUCAGAAGGAGGAGAAACCAGGAGCGUCCAGGGCUUCGGAAGAGAUUCUGUGAGGCCAGUUGGAGAUGUGUGUUCUACUUUUUUGCAUUCAUUGGCGGAGUCCUUGCUCUGUACGAUAAACCUUGGCUUUAUAAUCUGAAGGAGGUUUGGGCAGGCUUCCCUAAACAGUCCAUGCUGCCAUCUCAGUACUGGUAUUACCUCUUGGAAAUGGGUUUCUACCUUUCUCUGCUCCUCAGCCUCUCAUUUGAUGUGAAACGGAAGGACUUCAAGGAGCAGGUGGUUCAUCAUAUAGCCACACUGACUCUGCUGAGUUUCUCCUGGAUUUCAAACUACAUCCGUGUUGGAACCCUUGUGAUGGCAGUACAUGACUCAGCCGACAUCCUGCUCGAGGGUGCAAAGGUAUUCAACUACGCCAAGUGGCAUAAGACUGCUGAUGCCAUGUUUGCGGUGUUUACAGUUCUAUUUAUGUUGACAAGACUUGUGAUUUUUCCUUUCUGGCUGAUCCACUGUACAUGGGUGUAUCCGCUAGAGAAUUAUGCUCCCUUCUUUGGCUACUAUUUCUUCAACGUCAUGUUGGUAGUUCUGGAGAUACUCCACCUCUACUGGGCUGUUCUCAUAUCACGAAUGCUUUACAAGUUUAUCUUCAGCAAGCUGGAAGGCGACGACAGAAGCGAUGAAGAGGAGAAUGACAGUGACUCGCCGAAGGAAAGAAACCACAAGUUGAGUCACAUUAUUGGCUCUGGAGCCAGGGGUCGGGCCAACGGCCACUAAUACACACAGACAGAAAGAGCCAGAGGAAAACGGACCGCAGACACCUGGACAGAUUCAGUCUGGAUUGCAGUGGUUGGAAUAUAUUUGCAUAUAAAAAGGAGUAAAUACACUUGAGCAGAGAAUAUUAUUCUUAAAGGAACUGUGAAGGAUAAUACAUUGAAGCUGCAUGGUUGGAACUCACUAAAACCAGAACUUUUAUAAUAAUAAUAAUAUAUUAUCUUGGCAGCAUGGUGGCUGAGUGGUUAGCACUGUUGCCUCACAGCAAGAACGUCCUGGGUUUGAACCCUGCCUGUCCCAGAUCCUUUCUGUGUGGAGUUGCAUCUUCUCCCCAUGUCUGCGCGGAUUUCUGCUGGGUGCUUCGGUUUCCUCCCGUCACUCCACCAUCAUUCUUGACUCCUGUCAGUGCCCCUGACCAAGGCACUGGCACAGAAUUGGUCAAAUGCAGAGGAUCAAUUUCCCCACAGAGAUCAGUAGAGUACUUACUCACUUCUUCUCUUUGUCAAUAUUAUUCUGCUCCUCAAUAAAAAAAGAAGAAGACUCCAUUGAUGUGUAGCUUUUGUAUUUUUUGAAUGAUGUUGAAGAUGAUAGCUAAUAAUGUAAAUGUCAAUACUGACGUUUGAGGCCUACAUGCAUGGAGGGGCACAUUUGCAUGUGUGGGGUGUAAAUGCAAAACCAAACUACAGGGAUUUUUUUUUAUUAUUGUGACGUAUGUGGUUUUUUUUAAAGG